AUGCUCAAUGAUCAAUUUAAAAUAAAGAAUCUUGGUAAUUUGUCUUACUUUUUGGGUUUCGAGGUUACUAGAAGCAAAGAAGGCAUACUUCCAUCACAGCAAAAAUAUGCCUUGGACCUCCUCAUCAAAACCAGGAUGCUUGAUGCAGCACCUGUCAACACUCCAAUGAAUUUCUCCACCAAAAUAUCUUCUGAAGGUGAUCCUCUUGAAGACCCUGUUGCGCUUAGAUGCUUGAUCGGAAGACUUAUUUACCUCACCAACACUCACCCGGAUAUAACCUAUGUUGUACAUCGUCUAAGCCAAUAUGUCGCUGCCCCCACCGAACUCCAUCAUCAAGCAACCUUCAUAAUCUUGCGUUAUAUAAAGCAAACUCCUGGUCAAGGUAUACUUCUAACUGCAACUAACAAUCUCACUUUGCAAGCUUACAAUGAUUCGAACUGGGCUAGAUGCUCUACUUCCCGCAAAUCAACCACUGGAUACAUUGCCUACUUGGGUAACUCGCCUAAUCUCCUGGAAAUCCAAAAGGCAAUCAACAGCCUCAUGUAG